CGCGGCGUCUCGGCAGCUGCGUUUUGAAUGGUCCUGCGCUUGAGAAGCCGAAGGCGUCCAUGGGCAAAAGGAGUCAGGAUGGUGUUAGUUCAUGUCGGAUAUCUGGUUCUUCCGGUGUUUGGUUCAGUAAGAAGCAGAGUCUGGAGGCCGCCGCUACAUGCCGCAUCUCUCUCUCUCUCUCUCUCCCUCUCUUUCUCUCUCUCUCUCUGUCUUCCUCUCCCCUCUUCCAUUGUGUAGCUAUAGCGAUCGCCUCUCUGCCUGUGUUCUGCCUCCCUCUGCCUCCAUCCCCUCUUUCCAUCCGAAGACGACAUUGGCAUUUAAAAACCAAAACCAACCUUCUUCCCACUCAUCCAGUAUCCUUCUGUGUGCGACUGCAGAAUAACACACUCCUUUCUCUUCUUUUUGAGAAGACACCGCUCUCUUGGUUUCAAAACUGUCAUUGUUAAUGAUAACCCAUUGUAGCAGUCUACAAUUAUCAUUGUGAUUGUCCCAUUUAUUUUUCUCAGCAAUGGCAUAUAGACUUACAUUUUUAUUUUAUUUUUUUUCCAGCCUGUAAAUUUCUGUGAAGUGGAUGCGUUCGCUUCCUGUCCAGAGCAAAUCGGUGUUUAUUAUUUAAAAUAUCUCUGUCGCCAAAGCCAGGCUUCCAGCUACUCGUACAAAGCCGAGAUCAGUCAUUUUAUCUUGUCUUUUCAGGGUUGUGAGAUCAGCAGCUCAGACCUUUGUCACAAGCACUAAAUGGUAGCCACUGAGCUACAGCUGUUUGUGUUAAAAAGCACUACAUUGGCAUUAUUUAUUACCAUAGCGCAAGCCUUGUCGAAUGUUUCAGAUUAUCUGAGAGCCAGCAGUCUUUCUAGUGAAGCAUUUUCAAUUUCUGAGGUCUUUUGCAGAAGUACAAUGGAAAGAUUCAGACUUCACACUUUUGUUGCAAUCCACAAAGCAGGAGGGAUUAAAAGAUCACCAUGCUUUUUAAAAAAAAGGCAAAGCUAACCAAGUAGUCAGUCAUUAUGCUUUAUUCUCUGUCCCAAAGACUUUCCCAUGGCAGAAAAUUUACAGGCUUUUACAAAGUGCAGACACUGGACAUUCAUGACAUAACUGUUGAAUAACACAAUGUAAAUGAUUGUUUUUCUUCUUUUUUUUAACUGGAAAAACUGUUUGCUUUUUUUAUGUGUUUAGUGUUCCACUUAGUUUAUAUGGAGGAUAUGCCAUGUGAAUGUCCCUGGGAACAAGCUACUAUAAACGAAAAUUAGACAGAGGAUGUUAAUAUAACUAUUGAUUUGGCUUGAAACCAGCAGUGCUGUCAGAUCUGUUGUCAUACGAACCAACACCGUCUGACCAAAAAGAGUCAAGAUGUCAGUGACAUUAGGGCAUUAAAAACAGAUAGACUCCAGUUCCAGUGCAUUCCAUUUUCUUUGGUAGUGUAAGCAGUAUUUGACCUUGUUUGACCUAGAGGUGUUUUCUCUGAUUUAAAGACAGCCACACAUGCAUCAUUUUCAUGCAAAAUGUCACUUUUAGUCAUCUACAAUCAUAAAAGCUGAAAAUGAAGGCUUUGCUAAAUGAAAACCAAACAGGAAGCUUUAACGUUAAAGCUCUUGGCUAGAGAUUCCCUAAAUUACUUACAUUUUCUGUUUACCUGAACUAAGUGGUACACUGUAGUUAUUUCUGCUAACCAAUCUAGUGCCUCGCUCCUGGCCACGGUGAACGCCAUCCACAUUACAGGAAUCCUUAGAACUGCACUACUGUAGAAAUCUUCCUAGAGUUUUGAAAUGUCUAUUUCUUUGGUUGUGGUUCUUGGCUUUCUGUUUGUGUAUUAGGCUCUUCAAUGCAUGAUCAUAUUUAUUUUUCAUUAUUUAAAAAUUCUGUUUUUUUUGGACAUUUGAACAGCAAACUCCAAUGUAUCUUUGUGUAGAGAUGUCCUGCUAUACUGAUAUGUGCUGUAGUAUACACAUCUACCCAUUGGAUGCUGCUUCUGUUGUUUUAACCUUAUGGAGCAUGGUUAGCUCUUCUUUUUAUUUGCAUGGAAAUAUUCUUCUUAUUAUUCGUAUCACAUGGUUCCACUCAUACUAAUAUUUUCCAAUAAAGACUGUAGUUUUUUUCCUUAACCUUCAGUGUGUUCUCUGCUGAUUUCCAUGUGACCUUCCCUCAAACCCCAUCCCUUUCCAGUUAUUUGGCCUCUUUGGCCCCUUCCCCAAUAUUCAUUUCUCAAUUCCUCUCACUUGCUAAGCUGAAUCAUGGGAAACCUACCGUCACAUAAAUAUAGGUGAUCUGUUUACAUCCACGUAGUCCACAAAACAUCUCCAUUCACAUCUGUCUCUUUUAUUUCCUUAGUUUAUCUACCUAUUUCGCUCUUCUGCAAGCAUGUGAUCCUUUGUGUUACAAACAUGGCUAAAAGGUACUCAUUUCAGCAGGCACCAACACAGCCAUGCUACAUCCUGCCGACAUUUCCACCUGGCUACACCACUUCCUACUGAAUUCCCGCCAACUGGCCUCGCGGCCCCACAGUACCAGGAAGUCCCACCCACUUUCCUACCUCAGGCCUUACAGCAGCAAUACCUCAUACAGCAGCAGCUACUGCAGCGCAGACGCACACAAGAGCGCGUUCCUCUCAACACACACCGGUUACGCCCAGGAUAUGAUUAUUCACCACCCAUGCACAUUCCUCAGCCAAUCACACAACAGCCCAGAUACCUGGCUGAGGGCACAGACUGGGAUCUGAGCGUGGAAGCUGGUUUGUCCCAUCAGUACUCGCUGCAGCAGAUUCCACAACCCUACCAGCACUACCUAGCCUCUCCCAGAAUGCACCACUUCCCUCGGAAUACUUCAUCUGCACAAGUGGUUGUCCACGAGGUAAGGAAUUAUCCGUAUCCCCAGCUGCACCUACUGGCUUUGCAGAGUUUAAGCCCCAGUAGACAUGCUUCUGCUGUACGGGAGAGUUACGAGGAGUUGCUUCAGCUGGAGGAUCGCUUGGGCAGCGUGAGCCGAGGAGCCAUCCAGACCACUAUUGAGAGGUUUACCUUCCCUCACAAGUACAAGAAGCGGAAGCCAUUGGAUAUGAAGCUGUGUGAUGAUGAGGAGGAGUCUGACGUGGACGAAAAAUGCACCAUCUGUCUCUCAAUGCUGGAGGAUGGUGAAGAUGUCCGGCGAUUACCCUGCAUGCACCUCUUUCAUCAGGUCUGUGUGGAUCAGUGGCUGGCCACCAGCAGGAAGUGUCCCAUAUGCAGAGUGGACAUCCAAACACAGCUCACACCUGAGAGCUGAAACACAUAUACACACAAUGACUCAGUUCACGUUUAUGAAUUGAAGCACAUAGACACACAAACACAGCUCAGAAAUGAGCACAGGAAAACACAACUUGUGUCAAUUGUUUAAAGAUUUCUACUCACAGCCACAAAACCUGUUUAUACUCAUGCCAUCAAAAGCCUAAGCAUGGAGACCCACACACUCUCUAGUGUACAUAGAGGCCUACAUUCUCUGCCUAUAGACACAGAGUCAGUUAAGAAGUAUACCUUACAUUUACAACACACACACACACACACACACACACACACACACACAAUCCAUCAAGUCAGUCACAAACAUAGACUUCAUUAGCAUCUCAUACAUGCAUACAUACAUACACUGUACUAAAAGAAUGAGACUCUAUUACUGUUCUCUGCCAUACAACACACACAGGUUUUACAGAGUAAUGUAAGGAUGAUAGUAAGAGAAUCUUUUCUGUGUGUGUAUUAGUAGCAUCUGUGUGUGUGUGUGUGUGUGUGUGUGUGUGUGUGUGUGUGUGUGUGUGUGUGUGUGUGUGUGUGUGUGUGUGUGUGUGUGUGUGUAAGUGUGUGUGAUUCUAAAGCCAUGCCCCUAAUGAAAGAUGUUAUACUGUACAAGCUCUAGUCAGGGUCUGCAAGAGUCAGAGCUUGCAGACAACACACAUACGCCUAACUGCUGCUUGAGAGCAGGUGUGUGCAUAUUUCUUUCAAGCUGCAGCUAUUUCAGUGUAGUGCGUAUGUGUGAGACUGCAUACCUUGUGUGUGUGUGCUUCAAAUUGGAGGAUCAUAUAAAUUAGUUAGCUGUGCACUAACAUGCUUAUAGAAAAGCCAAAAUUUCAGAAAAAACAACAACAAAGAAAUCAUAGCAAAAAAAAACAAACAGAAUCAUCUAUCAGAAUUUAUUGAAAAGAGGGUGGUGCAGCACACAACAUUUCCAAUUCAGGAAGUUAGGAAACAUGGGGAAAUUGUGAUUGGCGGGUGUGAUAGGGGUGGGGCUCUCCAAUGUAGUAGCUGCAUGCCUCUGUGUUUGGGCUGAGUGUGUGUGUGUGUGUGUGUGUGUUUCUGUGUGAAAAAUAAUUCUGCAUGAGUGUAAAUUAGCCCCUUUAAGCUGUGAUGAUCUGUACCACUAGCAGACUGAUGUAGCGUGUGUGUGUGUGUGUGCGUGUGCGUGUGUGAAACCCUGCCAUGAUCUUUGACCCAAAAUGCCUACUGAAGAAGCACAUGUGAGCGUAGCUAAAGCGUCCAGCCUCACUCUGGUGCUUUAUUGCCAUGGUUAAACUAUUUAUUAUUGGUAUUUACACAUGCAGUGUUUUGGGGGGUGGGGGUAGGGGAGGGGCAGCAGAGCUUGUACAUUGAACUGUGUGUGCUUAUUUUUUGUGUGUGUGACGGGUCUCCCCUCGUGGUCGCUAUGCUGGUCGCUAUGCUGGUUGCUAUGUUGGUUGCUAUGCUGUCUUGCUAGAACAACUGUUUUAGAAUGUGCUGUGAUGGAGGAGCAUCCACCAAUUGCACACAAGCAGUGGGGAUGAAACAAGGACUGAGACUUUUAUUUUUAUGUUGCUUUAUCUUUGAACUUUUAACAUUUGCAUUUAGACAAAUUGUCAUGGUACAUGAAUGAUUGUAAGACUGCAGAUAUAAAAUAUAUAUAUCUAAUGCUUUUGGCUAAAGAGUUCAAA